AUGGUUAUUGUUGCGUACUUUCGAGAUCAGAACAUCAGGGCCAGGGUGGCCAACCUUCUUAUCCUGAACCUUGCAAUCACAGACCUGACGGUGGGCGCCCUCAUGUGGCCCUUCAACCUGACAUGGCUCAUCAAAGACUACUGGCCGUUCGGAGAGGUCCUUUGUAAGAUAUGGUUGGUCGUGGACUACACUGUAACUGUGAUGUCCAUUCUAAACAUGGUCUUGAUCAGCUGGGACCGGUACUGUCUCGUGACCAUGGGACUGAAGUAUCAGACGUUUCAGACCAAGAAGCGAAUCGGACUAUCGUCUGCGUUACUUGGGCAGUGGUCUUCGUUUGGUUUACCCUACUGGCGUUUGCGUGGAGUCCUAUAA